AUGAAACUUCAUCAUUUAAAACAGUCCUCAUGAAUAACAUCUAGAUCACUAGAAAAAAUUUAUUUGACUUCCCCUUUUAAUUCUGAAAUGGAAGUAAAUCAAAGAGAAGAGGAUGGGAAUUACAAAAUUACAGAGAGUAUUUCACCUUACAAACAAAACAAUCUACCUCAUAACACAUUCCCACUUUUGGAAAGUCAGGAAUUAUUUGAUGAAGCAAAUAUUAAUGAAUUCCAAAAUAAAAGUACAUCUUCCUGUGAAACAGGGUAUCUAAACGAACCAAGAGCAAAAAAGAGACGCAAACAGAGCAAUCCACUGAGGUAUCAGACAACUCUGUUGUCAAAUUUUGAUGAUGAUCAGGAAGAUUAUUUGGUUAACAAUAAUUCCGAAGAUACUGUAACAUUAGAAGAAAAAUGUAGUGAGAAAGAGCAGUUAGAUCAUGUGGGUAAUUUUCAGUGUCAGCAUUGUUUAAGAACAUUUUCGACAUCAGAUAUUCUCAGAGUUCAUCUUGAAGAAGAACAUGUUUCGAAGUUAUUGGAAAAACAACUACAUAAACAAGCUUUCAAUAAAUCUGCUUCAAUAAAUGAACAAGAAAAUAAUUUUGAUCUUGCAAAGGAUAAUUCUUCUCCUAAUGAUUGUCCACUACAGUUUUCUAAUGAAAAGUGGUUAUAUGGUAAUAUUUCUAACAAUAAUUCUCAGGAAGAUAAAAGCACUCCAUUUUCAUUACCAAAUAUUCCACCUCUUGUUGCUGUAUCUGAAGGAGUAGAAAAUCAGUCAAGAAAUAUCUCACUGCCUUUACCCAUGUUUCAUAAUUCUAUGACACCAUUAUUUUUUCCUGUUUCACCUCACGCCCAAAAUUCAUCUUUAGCAAAUGGAAAUUCCAAUACAAGCACAGGUCUUCGAAUAUUUAAUCCAGAAGCUUAUUGUGAACUGUGUAAUAAAGAAUUUUGUAACAAAUAUUUUUUAAAAACUCAUAAAGCGAAUAAACAUGGCAUUUAUUCUUUGGAUUCCAUAACCAGUUCAUCCUGCUCAAGAGCUUUCAAUACUAAUGGAUCUAAAAAUUUGCCUAUAUCUCAGUUUCUACCAACAGAAUUUCCUUCAACAGUACAUACUACAAAUAUGACUGCUGGUUUGACAACCAAUUUAACUGCCAACUUGACUUCUAAUAUUACUACCAGUUUAACAUCUAAUAUUACUACCAGUUUGGCACCUAAUAUCUCAACAACUUUAACUUCUAAUAUUCCAACAAGCCUGACUCCUAAUAUUCCAACAAGCCUGACUCCUAAUAUUCCAACAAGCCUGACUCCUAAUAUUCCAACAAGCCUGACUCCUAAUAUUCCAACAAGCCUGACUCCUAAUAUUCCAACAAGCCUGACUCCUAAUAUUCCAACAAGCCUGACUCCUAAUAUUCCAACAAGCCUGACUCCUAAUAUUCCAACAAGCCUGACUCCUAAUAUUCCAACAAGCCUGACUCCUAAUAUUCCAACAAGCCUGACUCCUAAUAUUCCAACAAGCCUGACUCCUAAUAUUCCAACAAGCCUGACUCCUAAUAUUCCAACAAGCCUGACUCCUAAUAUUCCAACAAGCCUGACUCCUAAUAUUCCAACAAGCCUGACUCCUAAUAUUCCAACAAGCCUGACUCCUAAUAUUUCAACAAGUCUGACUCCUAAUAUUUCAACAAGUCUGACACCUAUUAUUACAUCAAGUUCAACUCCUAAUAUUUCAUCCAGUUUAACACCAAAUCUGAGUACAAAUCUAACUCCAAAUCUGACACCGAAUCUCACUCCUAAUCUUGAUUCAUAUUGUGAAAUUUGUCAAAAAGAAUUCUGUAAUAAAUAUUUCCUUAGAAAACAUAAGCAAAAAAUUCAUGGUAUAGUUGAUUUAAGUCAAAAUCCUUCUCCAAUAACUAAUGAUGUUAAAAAUGUAACAUUUACAUCUUCAUCAAAUUCUCCAUCCUUUAUUGCCUCUGCAGAUAAGUCAGUUAAAUCUGUUCAAGAUCUGUUAAACGAUCAUGUUAGAACUGAGAAUCAUAAUGGACAAGAAAACCAAAGAAUUCAAAUACCAAUUUCUCAAGUUGCAAAUCGCUUAACUUAUUUUCCAUUGCCUCCUAGCAGUGAUGAUAAACAAAAUUCUCAAGAUUCAAGCACAAAUGAAAAUAAAUCUGCUUUCACUAAAGAUAAACUUCGAGAAAUGGGAGUGAUUAAUUUAGAAGCAUUUUGUGAAAUAUGCUGCAAAGAAUUUUGUAACAAGUAUUUUCUUCGUACUCAUAAAUUAAAUAUGCAUGGAAUUGGAACACCAGAAUCUCCAAAUAAAAAUCAAAAUCCACUAUCUCAACCUCAGAUGCAGCCUCUUCAGCUUACUACAACAGAUAAAUAUGAUGCAUUGAAUAAUGAUAAAGAAAAUGAGUAUAGAAUUAUUGAAUCUCAAGGUGAAAAUUUAAUGACCACUACUGGAACAUCAGGAGAACUUUCAUGUAAUAUAUGCAAUCGACCAUUUGCAAGUCCUUAUUUGUUAAAAAUGCAUAAAUUUUACACACACAAUAUUCCAUUUAAUAAAGAAGAAAAUCAAUCAUACUCUUCGUCUGAAGAACAAGAAAAUCAUCAAAAUAGGAAUAAUGAACCUCUUCAACCACCACCUUUUCAAGAAAAUAAUUUAAUUCCUGAUGAUACAGUUAGUCAAGAUCUUCAAAAAUUACAAAGUAUGAUAAAAGAGUUAAAUGCUUCUACAGUUCUUGAAAGUAAUAAAGUAUGUUGUAAUUUAUGCCAUCUAGAGUUUGAUAACAAAUAUUUUUUAAGAGCUCAUGUAAUGAAUGAACAUGGAGUUUUAACAAAUGAAGAUGGGAAUGUACAUUCUGUUAACAGGGAAAUAAAUCCUACUGGAAUAAUUUGUUCUGGAAAUAGUGAAAUACCACGAUCUAGUAACUCUACAGCAAUCUCAGACAUAAAUUCUAGAGUUCGUUGUGAAAUAUGUCAAAAAGAAUUUUGUAGUAUGUAUUUUCUAAAAAGCCACAAAUUAAAUAUUCAUGGGAUAUGUCCAGAUAAUAAUUCAGUUUCAAAACCAUUGCUUCCCAUGCCUGAAGAUCUAAAUAUAACUAAAAGUGAAGGAAAUUCUGUUAAUUCAUCUACUUCUAAAUCACCAAUAAUAACUGGAAGAAAUUACUGUAACAUCUGUAAUAAAGAACUCUGUAAUAAAUAUUUCAUGAAGACCCAUAUGCUAAAGAUGCAUGGAAUUGAUGUCGAAACACAGGCAAAUGAAGCAGCACUUAACAGCAGCAUAGGUGGAGUUACAUGUGAUAUUUGCCAAAAAGAAUUAUGCAGUAAAUAUUUCCUAAAAGUUCAUAAACAAAAUACUCAUGGUAUUGCUGAGGAACCAUCUGUUACCUGUAAAGAGUCUACAAGUUAUUCUAAUCAAUCAGAUAAGGAAUCCUUGGCAAAAAGUGAAGAAAGUGAUUUCAGUAGUCGUUAUUUUAGUUACUAUACAGAAGUCUGUCCUAUCUGUGAUCGUCGUUUUAAAAGUAUCAAAUGGUUAAAAACUCACAUGAUAAAUGAUCAUGGUGAAAUCAUAAAAGAGAAGCUCUGUCUUCAAAUAGAAAAUUUUAAUCCUAGCAGUAAUCUUUUUUGUUUUAUCUGCAACCAAAUAUUUGCUGACAAAAUUGCCCUUCAGAUUCAUUUAAUCAAAGAUCAUCAUACCACACCCGAAGAUUUGGGUAUUUUAAAUAACUCAGGGACAAAAUUACAACCCACUUCCUCGAGUGUAGUAAUGCCUGAUUUACCAGACAUGAAUGGAACUUUAACAGCAGCAAAUAAUUCCCUCCUCAAUGAUCCUCAAUUGCACAAUAAGCGGUUAGGUGGGAGUAGUACAAGAAUUUACCACUGCUCUUAUUGUGUAUAUUCCACUCGUUGGCUGUCUAAUUUGUAUGCUCAUGAGAAAAGACACACAGGAAUCAAUAUUGAAGGAGAAAAGAAGUUUGUAUGUAGAAUUUGUUAUCGAGCAUAUCGAUAUAAUCAUUCGUUGCAGAGACACAUGUUGAGUCACAAAUCAGUCGGCCUUUCUUUAAAAUCAUCACUGUCAACAUGUUCACCCCAACAGAUACCAAAUUCAACACUUUCUUUGCUUUCAAAUACCAAAGAAAACAUUCCAAAUGAUAUACCAGAAACUCAAGAUCAACUGAAAAUCAAAAGAUAUCGUUGCAGUAAAUGCAACAAAAAGUUCCUUACUAGAGAGAUGUGUCUGACCCACAUCCAUAGUACACACAAGGGGAGAAGAUUAGACAUCACUCAACAGAAAUUUAUUAAAUCAUUCCGAUGCCAUGUAUGUAAUUUUGUAACAAGAGCUUGGAAUAUUUUAAAAAUACAUAUCAGAAAACAUCAUCCUCAGGAAGUUAAUGAUAACGAGGAAAUAACUGAACUCCCAACCAAUGCCAUGUUGGAAUAUCCUACCUCAGUGGGUACUUCAGCAACUGGAGGUUUACUCUCAACACACCUUCCUAUGACUUAUGCUAUGCCUCAGAAUCCUCCUCAGUCGGGCUCGUACAUCAUGCAACCAUUUCUUCUUGCUCAGCCAGAAAAGGAUGGAAAUUCCAAGGGUAAUGCUUUUGUACCCUCGCUAGUCUACCUCCCAGUGUGCCAGAAAGUAUUGCAACCUUUAACGGUACCACUUACUUUGACUCCUGCUUGAAAGUAAUAUUGAAUUUGGCAUUUUUUAUGCACAAAAAUAUUGUUGGAAUAUUUAAAUGAGCAUAUAUCACAAAAAAAAUUAUUCCAACAAUAUACUGUUAUAAAUUAUGAAUGGCUGAAUCAUUACAUAGUCAGAUACCUUUUUAUCAUCUGAUGUUGAAAUGUUGCACUAACUGUUAAUAAUUAGUUUGUGCAAAAGAAAAGGAAUAUCAAGUUUUCCAAUAAUGUCUACCAUAAUAUAUAUUACUUAUAUAUACCAUAUAUAUUUAUAUAUUAUAUAUGUGGAGUUUUAAACUAAAAAUUGUUUAGGAUCAGUUUAA